AUGCAACUUGAAGAGAGGAACCUUGAAUACACUCAAGCACUUCGAAACACUCAGCGGAAUGGCAAGCCGAGCUUCGCAGAGAGAACGGCUGAAAUGCUCUUUGAAACGAUCCGCGGAUAUGGCGACGGCCACGACAAAAUGGACGACAUGCUCCUAGACUGGCUUAAGAAUCUUCUUGAAGGUUCAAUGAGCAUUGGCCUUCAAGCCCGGCUUUGGUGCACUCGACUGCCGCUGGAGUUCUAUAGCUGUGGGAAAUUGAUUGAAGGCUGUGAAGCUGCCGACAAUUUUGUGCAAAGUGUAGAAUCCAGAGUGCAAUCUCAAGAACUCACAAAGAGGGAAAAUGCGCACUUGGGAUUUUUACGCCACUUAUCCGUUGAGUACAGAGUUCGCGAGCCUGGCCUUUCCAACGAAGAGGUGUGGAGGAGGCGAGCGGCUUACAUCGAGGCAUGGCAGCCCCUCGAUCGAGACAACCCAUCAGAACUUGAGAAAUAUGCAAUGGGCAUGGGGGUUCGCAUGCGUGGCAAGCUCGCUAAGGAUUUUGGGCUCUUCAAAGAAGCAUACUACUCCUUGAAACUCUUUAUCGAGCAGUAUGCCACACGUGGAAGCCGCGAGGAAGGAUGGGCAAUUAGUGACUUCGGGCAGGCCGUUCUGGAAAUCGAGGACGCAGAAGAUGGUUCCGAGAUUCUACUCGACCUAAUAACGGAAGGAACAAACUUCGGAGAAAAGCUUUCUCACCCAUCUGGCGCCACUCUGUGUGAGAUCGUUUCUUUCCUUUGCUCCCGAGCCAUCGAGAACCGUAUGUUCGAGCGAGGGCAUCUUACUCAACAAGACCGAGAAAACGUACGUGAGAGCGACACGAUGUUUCUUGAAAUCAAUCACGCCGUCAGCCUCCUCCGCCAGGGGCGGAAUCAUCCAGAGCGGUAUGAAAAUGCCAAACGGGAGCUGCUGGGUCUAAAGAAACGGUUCGAGCAAACCCGCGCAAAUGGAGCAUUGUGGUAUGACGACCAAACUCGGGAAUUUUCCGUCAUUGUAUAUCUCGCUCAGAUUGCCCAUCUACGACACGAGUGGGACGAGGCGCAGUCUAGAUGGAAAGAAGCUAUCGACUAUGGCCGGACCGUCAUGAAAAAGUGGGAGGAGGAUCAUUUCUACAUUGACGUCGCCACCUACAGCCUUGCUGAUGUUCAGCUAAGCGCGGGUGGUGAGCCAAAUUUAAUCAUCCCAAAAGUACAAGAGACGAUUCGCCGGGUGGAUGGGGAGAGGGUAACAUGGAUGCUAGGGGUCGGAACCUUUUGGUUAGACCAUGUGAAGCGAUCGAUGGAGCCAAAGCUAAGAGCAGAAGAGAUGCGGCUCGACCGGGAGAAAGAACAAAUGUGA